CAGGCCCUCAGUUGUUGAGUCACCAGCCAUUCAUUCUUCUUACCUGCUGCGGAUUGCCUCCCUCGGAUCAUCCCAAUGAUCCCAUCACCUAAACUCCGAGGGAUUUCACCCCAUGCGUUUUCGCUUGUGGAUAGCGAACAUCUUGCAGAGGUCGACAAGUCCAAGUCCUGCGAUUAAUAUUCAUGCUCCCGAAACUUGCCUCGUUAGCGCGGUCGGUGGACGAAUGCAACUUGCCCGGGAACUUGGAUGGAAAGACGGAAAGUCUGGGGUACGGUACGGAUGGAUACAAGGACCGGCACACCGGUUCUGUCCGAACCAGCGAGUUUUGUUCGGAUCGUGUAAAAGAUGCCUGCUAGGCACACCAGGCCAUACUGGACAAGACCGGAUUCAUAAAAGUGAGCGUUGGACCUCGUAUCCGUCUCAACCACUACAAUGCGACGAUUUAUGAGGCGACCGAGGCGGGCGAGUGGGUUUCCACAACGAACACCCACUCGCGCCGCCAACGGCCACUGGCCUUGUCGCCCCUCGUGUUUGGUCGCCGCACCCCCCUGCGCCCCGUUCUCCGCCACAGCACAGAGACAGCUCAUGACGACAGCCGGCUUUACCGACACUCAGCUGACGGUCAGACGCGCAAUCACCCAGCUAUGCGCGCGGUUUUCCAACGCCUACUGGCGCGACCGCGACCAGCGCGAGCAGGACCCGGCCGACUUCCACGCCGCGCUCGCCGAGGGCGGAUGGCUCGGCAUCGCACUCCCGGAGUCCCUCGGGGGGUCGGGCCUCGGAAUCUCGGAAGCCACGGCCAUGAUGCAGGCCAUCACUGAGUCGGGGGCCGGCAUGGCCGGGGCCCAGUCCGUCCACGCCAACGUCUACGCGACCCAGCCGCUGGCGCGCUUCGGCAGCGCCGCGCAGCUGCAGGACAUUGCCAACAUCAUCGAGGGGAAGUCGCGCGUGUGCUUUGGCGUGACGGAGCCCAACUCGGGCUUGGACACGCUGAGGCUGUCUACUGCGGCGGUUAAGCAGGCCGAUGGUUCGUACAAGGUGUCCGGGCAGAAGAUCUGGAUUACGUGCGCGCAGGUGGCAUCCAAGAUGAUAUUGCUAGCAAGGACGACACCGCUAGAGCAAGUCAAGAAGCCGAGUGAAGGCCUGUCGCUGUUCUACAUCGACCUUGACCGGUCCAGCCCCAGCUUAGACAUGCAACGAAUCAAGAAGAUGGGCGGCCGGGCAGUGGACGCCAACGAGGUCUUCUUCAACAGCUACCCCAUUCCAGCAGACUCAUUGGUAGGUGACGAGGGGCAAGGCUUCAAAAUCAUUCUACAUGGCAUGAACGCAGAGCGCUGUCUUCUCGCCGGCGAGGCGCUGGGCCUUGGGUACGCGGCACUAGAGAAAGCAGCCGCCUACGCGCGGGAGAGGACAGUCUUCCAGCGGCCGAUCGGGCAGAACCAGGGGAUUGCACACCCCCUCGCGGAUGCAUACAUGCGGCUGGAGGCGGCCAAGUUGGCGACGUACCACGCGGCACGUCUCUAUGACCAGAGCAGGGCGGGCGGCGAGGAGACGGCCCAACCGGACGCGGUUGGUGUGGCUUGCAACAGCGCCAAGUAUCUGGCGGCAGAGGCCGCUUUCUCGGCCUGCGAAAGAGCCGUCCUCACGCACGGAGGCAUGGGAUAUGCGGUGGAGUAUGAUGUUGAGCGUUAUUUUCGUGAGUGUUUGGUGCCGAGAAUCGCUCCCGUCAGUCGGGAGAUGAUUUUGAAUUAUAUCAGCGAGAGGGUGCUUGGUUUGCCACGAAGUUAUUAGCGCCAUGUAAUCUAAGUAUGUCACAUGUGCUAUUCUUAGUUCUUAAU